UCUGUCAUCAUGGAGCUGAAAGUUGCGUUUGUGAUUGUCUGCCUCUGCGCUUUGGCCAUCACCUCAACUGAAGCUGGCAUCCCAAAAUGCUGUAUCAAAACACAAAAGCACAUCCCUUUCGGACUGCUGCUGAAGGUUCAGAGAGUAACCAUGCAGCACAGCAGCGGGCCCUGUGACAUCCCUGCCAUGAUACUGUAUUUAAAAGGCAGAAUGAAGCCCAUCUGUGCUGAUCCCAAAGUGAAGAAAAUCCUGAAUCGGAUAAAUCAGAACAAGUGGAGACCAGCCUACUGA